AUGGAAUUUCAUUGCCGUGACGGCCCUCCACGGCGCUUUUAUUGCGCCAACAGAGAGACGUACAGGGGAGUGUGGCCCUGUGUCGUUGGGCGACGAGUGCCCGCCGCACGCUCGCUAUUUCGAUGGGCCGCACGAAAUGGUGCCGCAGUUCAUUGUGCAUUGAGGUUGCACCUUCACAAGGGCCGUGGUUGUUGUUUGCGCGCCACGCGGAGUAUUCCGAUCGGGCAUACACUUGUCUCUGUUCCUCUCGCACUUUCUCUCGCAGCUGCGCCACACAGCGAGCGGGCCAACUUUGCCCAUCGGUGGGAUCCAUUGGAGGAGCUCACCUCGGUGGUGGCGCGUGAGCUGCACAAUCCCCGUGGAUUUUUCCGUCGCUACCUCGAGUUUUUGCAUGAUGUCUACUACGAUGAUGAUAAUGACGAUCUUGGCGCUGACAUACACACGUGGCGCGCCUCAUUGCGAGAGGAAAUUGACACCUUGUACAUGGGUAAUUCUCCGCUUUCUUAUGGAGUCCCGAACGCGCCAUUUUUACCGAAGAACAGCCUUUCGUCUGCUUCGCAGCGAGUUGAGUGGGUGCGUCUGCAUUAUCUUCUUCGGCAAAUCGAGCAGACCCUGCCGCACUUUGCAGCAAAAUCGGCGGUGUGGGCUAUGUCGAUGGUCCUUUCCCGCGCACUCUCCGACGACCAAGGGGGUCUGGCGCUGUACCCUAUCAUUGAUUUCUGCCUGCAUAGCUUUGAACCGAACACUGUGGUGCGACUGACGCAUCCUGCGUCUGCGCAACAUAAAGAAUUUGGUGUGGGCUGGCAUGACACCGAGCAGCCGUGUGCGCACCUCGUGACGCGGCAUGCGAUAGAGGCGGGCGAAGCGCUCACACUAACGUACUGCCCACGCCGUGUUUUCUCUACAGAGGAUGCAGAGUACUGGAAGUUGAAGUGGGGUUUUGUGCCUGAAUGA